ACCCCCGUCAACUGACACACCUCACGCGAACACUUCUCGCUCAAUGUAAACACACUCAAACAAGGGCUAUAACUAUACACAAAAAGAAGGGUACCUGUCGUUCGAGCACACAACACACAAUCAGGGGACAUAUAUAUAAAAGUUGGAUCAAGAUGAAGUUUGCAAAAAAAACCAUCGCAGCCAUACUGUUUAUGUGCAUAUCAUACGCACAGGCCCAGUGUAGCUGCCAGCAAAUAACAACGGUGGUCAAUGGACAAAAUGUUUCUUCCUGCAAGCCGACCUAUAUCUUCUACCAAAUUUCUCCUCCUAAAAGUAAUGACAUUGACGAAUGCAAAGCUCAGCCAAGUCCAUGUGAACAAGUCUGUACCAACACCAUUGGAAGCUACACCUGCUCAUGUAAUGCUGGAUAUGUCAUAAGUAAAAAAGACCCUAGGCGGUGUGACGACAUCAAUGAAUGCAGCGCUAAGCCAAGCCCAUGUCAACAGAUUUGCAUCAACACAGACGGAAGCUUCACUUGUUUAUGUAGACCUGGAUUCGCCGUAAACAGCACGGACCCAACUAGGUGUUAUGCUAAAACGGACUCUGUUUCUCCUUCUGUUUACUGUGUUCCGUUAUCAAGUGAAAUAAUAGAAACCCGAAACGCUACAUCAGCCCUGAACUGCUACGCAACUUGUAGGGCAGAACAUUGCUACUCUUUUAAGUUUGCCAAUGGUCUGUGUACAAUCAAGCUCUAUGCUGGCAAUGCUGUGGAUCUUAAACAAGAAGUAUUUGGAGGAUCAUUUAUAGCAUGCUACAAUGAUAAAUCACAGUGCACUUUAAAAAGCGAAGUAGAAUCUAACAUACCCAUCACUGACGUGCCGCACGAGGAUUGUUAUUACUUUUGCAUUGGAGAUCCCGAUUGUAUCGGCUAUCACUACUUUCCCGGCGUUUAUUGUAUUAAUACUUAUACGGUUGGAUCCACUGUUGACAUAAAGAACUUUCCGGUGGACAAAUUUGUCUAUCUUAAUUGUGAAAAAUAAAACAGUUGGGGAAGACACGUCUACACAGAAAGCAACAAUCUACUGCCGGACACUCGACAUUUGUCCAACAAACUGCUUAGACGACUUGUCUAUAUAUUGGAAACAGUUGAAUAAAGACUUGCAUUCUGAA